AUGUUAUUCAUCGAGGAUCUUCUGCCCCUGCUCUCGUCUUCUGGUUUCCGAGAAAAAGCUCGGUUUUUCAAAGAGUCGCUUUUGCAGUCCAUGGCCAACACGAGCUGCGAGAGCUCCGACCUCGAGGCCUCCAAACUCAUCGCCGUCGCUUCGAUUCUCGUCGCCGGAGUCGUCGGGGUAGCCAUUCCCCUCGUCGGAAAAAACCGCCGGUUUCUCCGGACCGACAGCAGCCUCUUUGUCGCGGCCAAAGCCUUCGCGGCCGGCGUCAUUCUGGCGACCGGGUUCGUGCACAUGCUUACGGCCGGGUCGGACGCGUUGAACGACCCGUGUUUACCCGAAUUCCCGUGGACCAAGUUUCCGUUCUCGGGCUUUUUCGCCAUGAUGGCCUCGCUUGCCACGUUGCUCGUUGACUUUGUGGGGACGCAGUAUUACGAGAGGAAACAGGGGCUGGCCCGGCCCAUCGAGAACCGGGUCGGGUCGGAUGUACCGGAAAUUGAGGCGGUGCAGCCCGCAAAGGAUUGGAAUGGGAAGGUGUUUGGGGAAGAGGAAGGCGGUGGGAUGCACAUAGUGGGAAUGCAUGCGCACGCGGCGCACCAUAGACACAGCCACCCGCAUGGGCAGGCCGCGUGUGACGGCCAAGUGGCGCGGGAACCCGAACUUGAACACGGGCACGAUCACGGGCACGGGCAUUCUCACGGGUUCGGUGAUGCUGACGAGGAUAGUGGUGUUCGGCACGUCGUCGUUUCUCAGAUUUUGGAACUUGGGAUUGUAUCACAUUCUGUCAUCAUCGGCCUAUCUCUGGGAGUUUCACAGAGCCCAUGCACCAUAAGACCCUUGGUUGCAGCACUCUCCUUCCACCAGUUCUUUGAAGGCUUUGCACUUGGAGGCUGCAUAUGUCAAGCCCAGUUCAAGACCCUCUCAGCAACUCUCAUGGCCUGUUUUUUUGCCAUCACAACUCCCCUGGGGAUCGGCGUCGGGACGGCCAUUUCUUCAUUUUACAACCCGUACAGCCCAGGAGCUUUAGCAACUGAAGGGAUCUUGGAUUCCAUGUCUGCUGGCAUUCUGGUGUACAUGGCCUUGGUGGACCUCAUUGCUGCUGAUUUCUUGAGUAAGAGGAUGAGCUGCAAUUUUAGGCUCCAAAUUGUAUCUUAUUGCUGUCUCUUUGUUGGAGCUGGAUUGAUGUCCUUACUUGCAAUUUGGGCUUGA